AGGCGACUGGUGGUUCUCUCCCUCCCGGCGCCGCCGGCCGUCAUGCUUCUCCGCCUCCGCCUUUCCCUUUCUCAGCAUCCGCCGGUGCCGCCUAUUCCGGAUCCUUCUCCCCCCAUUCUUAUCGGUCACAGAUUUAUCCCUCAUCCCAGCGCCAACCUUGUCUUGCGCACCAUCUCCUCCCCCCUUCCCCCGCUCCCCCCUACCCUCCUCGACUCCCUGGGAUCCUCCUCCGACGCCGGCCUUCGAUUCAGAGAAAAACUCCUCUUUAUCGAACACGACCUCGGCCUCGACUCCUCUCGCGUCCUCUACCUCAACCCUUCUCUCCGCUCCGCCCCCCUCUCCGCCAUCCGCUCCGCCGUUGAUGCCCUCCUAUCCUUCGGCCUCCUCUACGCUGAUGCUUCCCGCGUAUUCGCCAUGUACCCGUCCCUCCUUACCUGCGAACCAAGCGCAGACCUCAUCCCCGUCUUCCGUUUCCUCCUCGGUCCCGUGGAAAUUCCCUUCCCCGACAUUCGCAAGGCCGUCGCUCGCUGCCCCCGCCUCCUCGUCUCCAGCGUUCCCGAUCGGCUCCUCCCCGCACUCAACUUCCUCCGCCGUCUCGGUUUCGUCGGCCGCCACCGCAUCACCUGUCGCACCACCGUCCUCCUCGUCUCUAGCGUCGAGGACACCUUCAUCCCCAAGCUUGAAUACCUCCGUGGCCUUGGAUUCUCCCAUCGGGAAACCCGCAGCAUGGUGCUUCGCUCGCCCGGUUUGCUUACCUUCAGCAUCGAGAACAAUUUCGAGCCCAAGGUUGAGUUUUUGCGCCACGAAAUGGGCAGAGAUCUCUCUGAACUCAGGGACUUUCCGCAGUACUUCUCCUUUAAUCUGGAGCGAAAGAUCAAGCCCCGACAUCGUUUGUUGACGGAGAGACGGGUGUGGAUGCCGCUCUCCGAGAUGCUCAAGGUCAGCGAUGGGGAUUUCUUGGCUCGGUUGCUGGACAUGAGAUUAAGUUCUGUUGACGACAAGCUGUAACUUUCGCUAUUUAUCAUGGCAAUUUUUAUGACGAGACCCUGAAUAGGCAUGUAUGUGCGUGUGAAGGGACCAUAAUAUCCAACAACUGGUUCUUGUUCUUUUAAUCCAUGACAGCCCGCUUGCUAAAAGUAAGGUCGGGGAUUAAAUGAUGUAGGGUUCGGAAGCUGGAUUGGGAGCCUUCACAUAGUUUUGAAUGAAGGGUUCCUUCACUCCAGCUUUAUUCAGACAACCAUAUGAUAUGAGGCAGUGCAUUAAGUGGUCUUUCAGUAUUUUCACCUCUCACUAAUUUUUGGUUUUACUUGAAGAUUAAAUGUUAUGUUCUUUGGAAAGUUGGAUGUCUAUUAACUUUCAUUUGCAAAUAAAGAUUAGCAAUCCAUCUUUCCAAUAAAUGGUUAAUUUUUGCAUCACUAGUUUGUGACUUUUAAUGUAUCUAUGUUUUGUUUAUAAUCUCAAAUAACAAUUAGGAUAUAUAUGACUCCUUUUUCACCUUCCUUGUGUUGUUGGACUUCUCUAGAUGGUUGAUAAUUCCUUUGUAUUUCAGUGUCUUAAUUAGCAAGUAGUUUUGUGGUACCUUGAGGGACUAUGAUACAUUAUAUAUGCCACAGGCUUGAUUGACAGAGAGCUGAUGAACUUCAUCAGACACUGUUAAAUUUUCCUGCAGUUAAUUUUACAGGACUUGAAUAGUUCAUAAGGCAUUUGAGGGAUCCUAUCUGGCCCUUUGGUUCCUUGUGGAUUAACAAUUUGUAAUUCAAGUUUUUUUUUUCCCUCUGAAGUGUUGGUUCAUCGUUCAACUAGAAUAACAUAUGUUUCAGGUGCUUGGGUCCUAUUAAGAUGGAAGUAGCUCUUUCAUUUGUGGGGAAGCAAUCUUAAUCAUAUGCCUACCAAACUUAAGAAACUAGUGUGUUAGAAUAAGUCAAACUUCACAUCAAAUUGAAUUCAUUACUCAAUGCAGAUCCCAAAAAUAGCAUUAAAUUUAAUCUCUCAUCUUCAUAUAACAGAUCCACACUAUAUGAUUAUCAGUAGCCGCAAAUUAAACUGCUCAAAAAUCUUGCUUAAGCUACUAUAUUUUGCACUUUGGUGGAUCUUAGAUUCUCAGAGAAACUAGCUAUAAGAAUUGAUAGGUCAGAGGUAAAGAUUUAAUCAAAUUACAAUCAGAAUAGGAGUGGUGAUGGUUUUCAAAAUAAGGGGUACUGUUGUGAUUUUUACCGGAAAUUGGAUUCCAUCUUUGUGCAAAAGGAAAAGAAAAAUCAAGACACUGAGUUAAGAAUUACAUUGUGGAUUUUGGUUCUUAUAGCUUUCUGCUAAAUGGUGAGCUCAGAGAUAUAGCUGUCCUAUUGGUUUACUUUCUCAUUCCUUUUUACUGAAAUUACUAUUGUAAUUAGUUCCGGGUAUUCCAGUUAAUAAUGUGAAAGAUGGCUCUAUCCUGUUGAAGAGUAAAAUGUGGAACGUUGAACUAUCCAUUUUCAAACUGCAUUAUUCAGAUAGAUACAUGCACAGAAUAGCAGGCAGCUACUCGUAAAAUGUUCCUUUUUUAUAUUGGUUAAUUACUAAAUUACAAUUUAACUUCAGAUAUUACCAAAUCUAAUCCUAUUUGACACUGAUUCUACGACAUCUGUACCUGUUUGCCUUUUCAUCCACUUACUUGUCUCAAGUGUGAUGUCAUCUAAUGUAUCUUUCGGGACUGGGUUAUAUUUUAUAUUAUUUGAUGCCAUGUCUUCUUCUCAACAGUGUUUGGAGAAUAAUAAAGGAUAAUUUGUUGCAAAAUUAAAUAUAAUAUGAUAGAUUCGUUAAAAAUUCAAAAAGUCUAGAUAUGCUUACAUAGAUUAUAUGUGUCCAGUGCUUCUUGCUGCCAUGAGUUUUUUACAGCAGUACCACAUGCAUUCUAGCUUUGAGUCUAAAUGAUUUGCUAUGGUCGAUCACUCCAGAACUCCUUGGCAAUUGCAUUAAUAUUGAUACAUAGAACUUGGAUAUUAUGUUGGAAGUGCACUUGUUAAAACUGUUAAAUUUUUUUUGUUGAUAAACUGUCAGUUAUGAUGUUGCAAUGUUUAAUAAUCCCUUUACUGUGGAAAUGA